AUGUUCGCCGCCCGCUCUUUCGCCCGCGCCGCUCCGCGCCAGGCCAUUGCCCGCGCUCCUGCCCGCGCCGGCCGCCGCAACUACAGCUCCGAGAGCCCCAAGCAAUUUGCCGGUGCCGAGGACAACGAGUUCAACCGUGAGCGUGCUCACAUUGAGCAGCAUGCCGGCGAGUCUGGCGAGUUCUGGCGCAAGCUUUCGCUCUACGUCGCCGUCCCCUGCAUCAUCGUCGCCAGCGUCAACGCAAAGGUGAGGUGGGAUGCCCACUGGGAGCACGUAGCCCACGAGGAGCACGAGCACCCCCGCUCUGAGAGGCCCGAGUACCCCUACCAGAACAUUCGCACCAAGAACUACUUCUGGGGAGACGGUGACAAGACCCUUUUCUGGAACGACAAGGUUAACUACCACAAGAAGGACGAGUAA